AUGAACGCAGUCAGUAUUGGGGAGUAUCACGGGCUGCGGGUGGGCUCUGCCCUGCUCAGCAUCGUAGCGGGUUGUAUCAUCAUCGGCGUGUCCAAGGACUGCGACGCCGACGCCGUCGGGGGCAUUUUUCUUGGCGCAGGAGGACUGGGCCUCCUCAUUUCUGUUUAUCCUUUCAUAAGAGCAUGGUUCAACUUUCAUCACAUCCUACCCAAUUUAGGCAACUUUAGAGUACAUCCAAUGACUGCUAACCCUGCACCAGAGCAGCCUGCAGAGACCCUGAGGCGUGAGGGGACACAGAGCCAGUUGAAUUUGGAACGCUCCAAGAGCCGGAUGGGAACGUUUGCGGAGACGGGCCUGGCUACUGAGGGCGGGCAGGAAGAUGGGCCAUCUGCAGACGUUCCCGAUAUUUUGGGUAGACGCAAGAUUAAGACAUCCUCACCAGAUCAAGAUCUUCCAUGA